AUGGUUUGUCUGCUGCUAUAUGUUGAUGAUAUUGUUAUAACUGGUACUGAUAGACUUGGCAUAUCAGCUGUUAUCACUGAACUCAGUGAGGUAUUUGACAUGAAGGAUCUAGGUCCAUUGUCAUAUUUUCUGGGAAUUGAGGUUCAGAUCAAAGAAAAAGGAUUACUUCUUUCUCAAGAAAAAUAUGCCAGAGAAUUGAUCAUCAAGGCUAGUCUUGAAACCUACAGGGACUGCAUUACUCCUUAUCUUUUUCAUAUGCAGAUGCUUAAGAAUGAAGGUACAUUACUUUCCAACCCAUCUCUUUAUAGAAGUAUUGUUGGUGCUCUGCAGUACCUCACAUUUACAAGGCCAGAUAUUGCAUUUGCUGUGAACACUUUCUGUCAGUUCAUGUAUGUUCGUACAGAUGUUCACUAUGCAGCUGUGAAAAGAAUUUUGAGGUAUCUUCAGGGUACUUUAGCAAAGGGACUGUUCUUUAAGUUUGGAAAGACUGUGCCUUACAUUAAUGCAUAUUGUGAUGCUGAUUGGGCUAGAGAGAUCAAUCAAAGGAGAUCUACAACUAGUUUUAUUGUCUAUCUUGGUCAUUGUCCUGUGUCAUGGCAGUCAAAGAAACAAUGA